UGGGCGUAGACUUCCGGGAUAAGUUGCAAGGUAGCUUGUUAGCUAAACAAAAUAUUCCAGUGCGGCGGUGAAUUAAUUUAGUUAUUUACUUCAUUUAAGACUCGCAUGAGUCGUUUAUUCUAACAUAAACCAGACUGUGUAAUAUAUAUAUAUAUAUAUAUAUAUAUAUAUAUAUAUAUAUAUAUAUAUAUAUAUAUAUAUAUAUAUAUAUAUAUAUCUAUCUCAGAAUGUCGUGUCCUGCGAGUCAACCUGCAGUGGAUUUGAACCCAGCAGUGCUCCCUCUGGACUGGCUCUUGGGGACCUGGGAAUCGGACGAGCCCGGUCAAGGUUCCUUCCCCACCAUCACUCCUUUCCACUACAAUGAGACGCUGUAUUUCACUCACGUGGGACAACCAGUCAUCAACUUCAUGUUUAACUCUUUCCAUGCUGAGAGUAAAAAGCCACUUCACAGAGAGAGCGGUUUCAUCCGGAUUCAGCCAGGCACCAACAACGUGGCCUUCAUCGUCGCUCAGAACUCGGGACUAGUAGAGAUUGAGGAAGGUGAGCUAGAUGGACAGAAACUCGCUCUGCAGAGCCGAGCUUUGGCCAGGACGUCUUUCGCCAAGCAGCCGUACGUCCAGCAGAUCUCCAGGGUCUUUCAGUUAAGAUCAGACGGGAGACUGGAGCAGACGGUGUUCAUGGCUCUGGAGAACCAACCCCUGACCCAGCACUUACACAUCACCUACCGCCGAACUUCCUGUUCUCUGAAGAGCCAAUAAUAAACAACCUGAGCACACACACACACACACACACAGACAUCCAAGCGACAGACAACCAUUCAUCUUCUACAUAUGUGUACCAAUUAGUUAGCUUUAGAAGCUAUAUAUAUAUGUGUGAGAGUCAGAAAUGUAGUACUGAAUUACAGCUUUAAUAAGUCCAGUGGAAGUAGACAUAGAUCUAUAAAAAGGGUGCUUUGGUGAAAUUUACACAAUGCCUCAUUAAAUGUAAAAAAGUGUGUUUCCUUCCUACCUCGUUCCUUUGCACUAGCUACGGAGUAAUGGAGGUCUAUCUCACCCAAAAUCUCACUGAUGUGGAACUUACAGUCAUCUCUAAGCAUGAACAAGACACAAGAACAUUAUGGAGGCAACCAUCUUAGACAAACAGAGGAACAUGGGUUGGUAUGACUCCAUGCCUUAGGCCCCACCUCCCAAACUUUGUUAGUGGAAUUGAAGCAGGAAGUGAUGAGUGAUACUCAAAUUACUUAAAUUGUUGCUAUUUUAUAAAACCAGUUGUGUGUGUGUGUGUAUAUAUUUACUUUUUUUUUUUCUUUCUUUUUUUUUUGCCUGAGAUGAAUGUCCUUUAAUUGUUUUAUGUUGACAAACCUUCAUUUUUACAUUAUACAUGAAGAAGGGAAUUUUAUGUGUGGUUUAUGUUUGAAAAAUAUCAUAUUUACUGUUCAUUUGGGUUUCUGUAGGAAUCAGUCACAAACCAGCACAAUCUAGUAAUCGAAAUGUGUAAAUCUAAUUUAAUAAUUUAAAAAAAAAUUCACGUGAACGUAACAGAAUGGCAAACAGGGUUCAGAUAUUGCUAUUUGAAUUCCAUUCAUUUAUUUUAAUAUAAAUUUUGAUUCUAGGUUAUUGUUCGUUUAUCCAAAUUAAUGAAUACAGGCUUACAAUAGAAAAAGUGCACUUAACAUGUUAAGUCUGACUGCUGAAAUAUAUUAUUGCUGUAUAAUUAGAUGUGUGUUUGGUUUGUAUAGAAACCCAGACCUCGUUCAAAUCUCAUUUCUUAUACUCAUAACUUAUUUCAAGAUAUUAUGAAAUAAUAUACUUUGACUUGAUAUCCUUUCUCGAUAUUAAUCUAGCAUGUCAUAACAACUACUGCAUGAUUAUGGAUUCAUUUAUAAUUAAAACAUCAAAUUAUUUCGAAUUUGCAUUCGUUGACAUAUUUAAACAAGUACGUUGAAUUCAAACGGUCAAAAUAAACCCUUAAUAAGUUCGAUUACUCAAAAUAAUGCGAUUAAAUGCUUCGAAAAACGAGUUCAGGGCUUCUGGAGGUUUUAGGGUUUGUGGUUUUCUAACUGAAACGUUCAAAAUCUAUACAUGUAGCAGCUUUCCUUUAUUUUUGUCAACAUUGCUGUACUUUGUUAGUAUUAUAAGCUACUGUGUGAGGAAUGAUGUAAUCUAUUGUAAUAUUAAACAGGGUGAACGGUUUAAUAAUAAACCAUUAAAAGCAAUAAAAACA